CCGCCUUCCCCAGCCCACCGCUCCUCCCCCCGCCCACCCAGCGCAGCCCGCCCGGGAGAGCCGCUCCGAGCUCCCCGGGAGCCGCAGGCGGUGUCCAUCCAAGUCACUACUUUCGUUCGUGAAACUGCACCCACCGAGACUGCUGAUGAGAAAAGCAGGAAGAGGAAGCAGAGAGGGAGUGGAGGCAGAGAAAAGCCUGGACCCGAAUUCAGCCUUUUUGUGAAAUGAAAUGCAUAGGGGUUUUGCAAAAAGCAAAAGAGGCCAACAUUUACUAAACAACAGGUGGUGAAUUCUUAUUCUCCUGGGAAGUAGGUUCCAUAGGUUCAAAAACAAUGCCUCCCAAGUUCAAACGCCACUUAAACGAUGACGAUGUCACCGGUUCUGUGAAGAGUGAAAGGAGAAACCUUUUGGAAGAUGAUUCGGAUGAAGAAGAGGAUUUUUUCCUAAGGGGACCAUCUGGACCAAGAUUUGGACCUAGAAAUGAUAAAAUUAAGCAUGUUCAGAAUCAGGUGGAUGAAGUUAUUGAUGUCAUGCAAGAAAAUAUCACAAAGGUGAUUGAAAGAGGGGAGAGACUCGAUGAGCUACAGGACAAAUCAGAAAGCUUAUCGGAUAAUGCAACUGCUUUUAGCAACAGAUCCAAACAACUUCGAAGGCAAAUGUGGUGGCGUGGAUGCAAAAUAAAAGCCAUUAUGGCUUUGGUUGCUGGUAUCCUUUUGCUAGUGAUUAUCAUUCUUAUAGUUAUGAAGUAUCGCACUUGAUUUGAUGACAGAGACAUUCCUCAAACAAGAUCUGGGACAACAACAAUAAUAAAAGAUUGCUGCAUAAUUUAAAGGAAACCUAUGUAUAUACUUUCAAAACUUUUUUUCAAGAAACUAUGAGGCAAGUAUCACUUCAAAUUGGAGCAUUGAGAAUGUCUAAUUAUCUUCUCCUCUUCUAAUAAAAUGUGCUUAUAAUUAAUUCUAAGGCAUAAAUAGCCAGCCUAUACUUUUCCAUAUUCCAAGGAUCCAAUUUGAAACUGGAUACUUGCCAGCUCAUUAUUUGUGUAUAUAGUUAAACCGAUGAUAUUUCAUAUUGUUAUUUUAAUGGCAUAAGGACUUGAAUUUACUGCCUCAAGGCAGGAGUCACAGGGAACCUAUGUAGAGUACCAAAUCAUUUUGCUGAAAGAGAUGCUUAAUUGUUUUGUCAAUAUUUGCAAGGAAAUCACUCAUCUCACACUACAAUUGCUUUGCAAGCAAUUUCCACAUAUUUAUGACAUAACAAAAGCUAAUUGUUGUAAAUGUUGCUGCCUUCAGGUAUAACUGAAAGCAUUCCAGGAAACCUGAUUUUUACUGUAUAAAGUAUUGUCUAAUUUUGUUUUGGCAAUGGGAACGAUGAAUAGUGUGGAGAAAAAGUGUUUGUCGCCAUUGCGCUGGAAAAGACAAAAUGACUGGGCAGUUACUGGGCUGUUGUCUGAAAAUAGCUGCAAAUCAUGGUCCAGUCUGUUUUCGGUUAGUUUCCAAUAAGGAGAGGCCAGUGAUAAUGUGAGGAAAUGAAAUCCAUGAGUAAUUUAUUCCAUAUUUUAAUUUUCAUUAAUACCUUUCUCUUUAACUCCUUUUACCAGAAGUGCUAAAAGUAGCAAAACUGUCUGCUUUGAAUUGAUACCCUUGCAUUCCCUUGAUCAAUUUCUUGGUGAUGCAUGCUGUACAGUAAAGUGUCAAAUCAGCCAACAGUGAUGAGAUACAAAAAGCCAGGAGCCUAAGUAAUCUAUGUACAGGGUAAUCAGUCACUAAUCAGAUGGAUGCUUGAACCUGUUUUUAUAAUGAUUAGAUGUGCUAUUAAUUUAACUUUAAAAUGUGCCAAUCUCCUCAUGUUGUUUAAGCAAGUCAAUGUGAAUAGUCCACUAAUGUAUGUGGGGUGGAAGCUUUAUAAUAAAGUUAAAUAUUCUUCAGAAACUUGUGUACUUGCACAUGUAUGAAACCUAGAAUCUGUCCAGUUGUUUGAUUGUAUUUUCAAUGCAACAGGAUUAGUACUAAGGGGAAAAUGUUCUGUUUAGGAUGCAAAGAAAAUUGAAAGAUUGAGAUAACUCAGGACGCUUACAAGUUGUGGAGAGCUACAUAUUGCUAAACGCAGUGAAAAAAGAGACAGAGGUCUUACAUACGAUGGAGUGUGUUCACUAUUCUUCUCUUUGUAGCCAUCAGUUACUGUGACAGCAUCGGGGCCGUACAAAGCCUUAAACAAAGGAGGAGCCCCAAGAAAAUGAACAGUUUUAGAGUUGUGUAGCUGACCCUUUCAUCUACGUUUAGGGGUGUUUUAAUGGAUUGUGGGCAGAAGUAGUUCUAGCGCAUGUACUUACAGGUGUCCUUUCCUUGGGGCUGGAACCGGAAUCAUAGUGGUUACUUUUCUAUUGGUUGGUAUCAAAAUCUGAUUUUUCCAGGAUAUCAAUCAGUAAAGAUGAAGAACAGUCAUCGCCAGAGUGCACAUUUCCUGGUGUUUCUUUUAACAAGGUGUACUACUUUUAAAGAAAUAAUUAUAAAAUUCUUCAAACAUGUAACUGUAGAAAAUUAAAACAAUAUUUAUUUGGCAGUAUUGGAUUCGUGUAGUUCUCUGUGUUUAAAUAUACGCUGCACGAAUGGUGGUGGCAGGCCUCUCACCCUGUAGGAAGUCUGCAGUUACCGUGGCUUGGCUCCCAGUUUAUUGUUUCAUCUUUCUCGGGCCUGAUUACUCUUGAUGCCCUGAAAAUGGCUAGCAUGUUUAUUCCUUCAUGUGGUAACCUUGGAGACAAGAGCCUUUUUAAGACCAAAAACAGAAGAAAAAAAUAGGUUUUUCACAUUGAUGCCAGAGCCAACACCCCUCUCUCCCAUAAUCGUUCUUUUUCUCAUUCAGCUCAUAUCAUCCUGCACUUGCAAAGUGAAGUUUCCCCACCGUCAGAACUGUCAUUCAUGUAACAGGAAUGAAGGUACACAGACAAAUGGAAGUAGUUUUGCAAAUACUAGUUGAUAACCAUACAAUCAGGUCAUUCUGUUUCAUAAUGCCUGGAAUGUAAACUUGUGGCUUAUAUGUUUAAUUACGGAAGCCUAUUGCCUGCAGCAGUUGUAUGCUUAUAAUGCCGAUUAAUUGACUCCUCCUAUUCUAACUUCUUCAUACCUGUGACCUUUUGGUUCCUAUAUCCUAGUAAACUCUCUGGAAAAUGUCUCGAGAUUGUAUUGAUCCAGGAAUUUCUGGAUUAAAGGAAAAAUCAGUAUCUAGACUGGAACAUUAUCUACAAUGAAAAAAGAAUGUUUAGUACACAUCUGAUUUCUAAAUAACUUCGUAUUAGCUCUCCUAUUGAUGGCUGGUUAGUGUCAUCUUUGUGUAUUACUCUGCAAUAGAAAAACUAGCAUUUUUGAUAGCAAAAAUUGGAAUCUUUCAACUCCAUGUAGCAUGUGGAUGAAUACCUCGAAAGCGAUAUAUGUGCAGAUUGAAGAGACAAGAAUAAAAAGAAACUGAACUGAACUCACUUGCCAGGACACUUGUUAACAUGCUUGAUGUCCCUCAACACGGCUGCCCACUCCGAUGGGGAAAUAUGCAAGAAAGUGUUUCUCAUGUUGAGACUGAAUACCGUUAGAUGUUCCUGACUGUAUUGAACCAGAGAAUUACUAAGUCAAGCAUAACUCAUUGUCUUAUUAAUCAGAUUCUGUGUUUUGUUUUUGGUUUUUUUUGAGAUUCUUUUUUUUUUUUCAGAUUCUGUGUUUUCACAUGGGGUUGUGACUGGAUAUUUCUUGAGUGCAGGGAGUAAACGUGAAUAAAUGACAAAGCAUUUAUACAUUUGU